AUGGCUUACGACUGCCUCGAACAAUGGGUCUAUGUUAGAAGGACGAGGGGUUUCAUGGCCGAAUCAUUGGCGAAUGUGGUCCAGAAGAAACCCAUGGCCACUGACGACGAGAAUCGUCCUCCACCAAAGCAUCACAAUAUUCCCUCCUCGGCCAUUCGGCAGCAGCCUUUCAGCCUUUCGCCGGGAACACUGUUCCUCCCCGCACCGCCUUUCGCAGCCUUAUCGCCGGAGAACACUGUUCCUUCCCCCGCAACCGCCUUAUCAACCAGAGAAUACUGCUCCUCUCCCUCCGCGCCACCUUUCACCAUUGUCGAGAUCCACUCCAGUCCACCCUCCCCCAACCCCAGCGACGGCCCUCCACGUCAGCCUCCACAGCUAAUCAGCCAUUCCAACAGCCUGAGGACUCCUCCUAAAUCCGAAGAGAAAUCCAACCGCCCCAACUCACCGAGACCGCAACUCGAAAGUUGGAGGGAGGAUCUGCAGAGCCAUGAACAGGUCGCCAUCGGACAAGAGAGGGAAAGAUCGGAGGCGAAGAUGAAGGCGUUUCUCGAUGACAUUGAAAAGAAGAUAGACGGACCAAAGGAUAUGAGAGGGCAGGAGACGUGA